AAUCUUUGCAGUCCAUGUUUUUAAUGUUAUUAUUCUACGCGCUUCUACCAUUUCCUCUAGUAGUUAUCCCACUACUCGCUCUGUGAUAAACCCCGUCCUCUCGCACCUUAACCCGUGCCCUGUAGUUGUAGACUUCAGAAAAGAAGUUGACCUAAUCUCCAGGCGUAUUCUAUUCGGUCACCCCCUCGGCCUCCAUUUCCGGGAAAAAACUCCCCUCCUGUCCGAUCCAGCCAUACCGUCAACUUUGACUGUGAAUUUUUGAUGCAUCCUUUCAGUUUAAUCAUAGCCUCCCUUCAGCCGGGCGGCCGGAAUUACAGCCAGUCAUUGCGGAGUGUCGAGGAGGACCGGGAGUCGGACACAAGCACGUCCAGGCCAGAGACAGGGAGAGCCCACCCACCCGCCCACUGCAGAGCCCGACUGUCCGCUGAACGGCCCCACCCUCCAUCUCAGCUGGAGGAGACUCUGCACCCCCCCCCACAAGCCACGGUUGCUAUGGCGACAGAACUGCAGGGGAUACAGGUCACUGAGGCAAAGCCUCUUCUGCCAGGCCGAGAUCCAGCCCAGGAAGCCACCAUCGCUGCUGCUAUCCUCCUGGAUCAAGGGCAGGAGUAUGAUGUGGAGACUCCCUUUGGGUCUGUGCACGUGACCAUCCACGGCUCCCCCCGGGGAAACCGCCCCGCUAUCCUCACCUACCACGACGUUGGACUGAACCAUAAGACCUGUUUCAACAGCCUCUUCAAAUUUGAGGACAUGCUGGAGAUCACCAAGAACUUUGUUGUAUGUCACAUCGAUGCUCCCGGGCAACAGGAAGGAGCCGCCCUUUUCCCCACUGGGUACCAGUACCCUUCGAUGGAACAGCUCUGUGAGAUGUUAACCUGUGUACUACAGUACUUCAACUUCCGGAGUAUUAUCGGAGUGGGAGUGGGAGCUGGUGCCUACAUCCUGGCCAUGUUCGCGAAGUUCAACCCCGAUCUCGUGGAGGGGCUGGUCCUCCUGAACAUUGACCACAACGCCAAGGGAUGGAUAGACUGGGCAGCAUCGAAGAUCUCGGGUCUGACCAGCUCCCUGAGUGACAUGAUCCUUGCCCACCUCUUCAGUCAGGAGGAAAUGUCAAACAACUGUGAGCUGGUGACCACCUACAGGGCCCUCCUCACCGACAACCGUUUCCUGGGCAACGCUGAACUCUUCUGGAAUGCCUACAACAGCCGCCGGGACCUGGACAUCGAACGAGAGGGUGGUGGGUCUCUGAAGUGCCCGGUGAUGCUGGUGGUAGGAGACCAGGCCCCUCACGAGGAUGCUGUGGUGGAGUGCAACUCAAAACUGGAUCCCACCCAGACGUCCUUCCUCAAGAUGGCAGAUGGUGGCGGGCAGCCCCAGAUCACUCAGCCAGGAAAGCUGGCAGAAGCCUUCAAGUACUUUGUGCAGGGAAUGGGCUACAUCCCACACGUGGUCCACCGUCGCCUCAGUGUGGGAGCAGUGCCCUCCGUAGGGAUGACGCGCCUCUCUCGCUCUCGCACGACUUCCCUGUCGGGCGCCUCUGUGGACGGAUCCCACAGCCGCUCUCGCACCCUCUCGCAGGGCAGUGAUGGGGGGCAGCUGGCCUCCAGCCCCUCCCAGACCAUGGAAGUCUCCUGCUGAAGGCCGGCGAGGGUGAUUGGAGGGGCCGGAGGAGGGGAGAGAGGGAAAUGAGUCUGGGGAAGGGGCGAGGCUCUCUGCGGAGACACUGGCAGGUGUCUGUCAUCGAAUCGCCAGGGAUUUGUGCAAACCGUAAAUCAUUACAUAGACUAAUUUUUGUUUUGGGGGUGGGGUACAGAAUGCAAGCGGAUUAACACAUAACCGUGCAGGCUGCGUUUAUUUUAUUUUCCUGUGGUGGGACGGGUGGGUUUCCUUCUCUGUGUGAAUGUGAGGGUUAUCUCCAUGACGCUCCAACCUCUUGCCCUCUGCUGACAAUUCCCACUCUGUACGUCUCCACCAGUCCUCUCCCCACCUCCAUCCACCCUGCAGACAUCCUCCCUUGCUUCCUCCCUUACACUCUCCCUCUCCACCACAGGGCGAGGAGCUCGGUAGAAGUGUUUAGUAAUUCCAUGUCACCAGGGGGGAGGGGGCAAUAGGGGCAAGGGGGCCCACUGUGUACGGAGGGGGUCCCACAGGAAGUGGUAUCAGAGGCGAGGCCAUUUUGAUGAGGGCAUGGGUGGCCAUUUUGGUAAGGGCAAGUAGCCAUAAUAUUGAGGAUGUAGGCAGCUAUUUUGAUGAUGGCGUGAACAGCUACUGUGAUGGGGGCAGAGCGGAUUAGGGACCAGGUAGCCCUUUUGUAAUAGAUAGCCAGUAUGUCUAUUGGCAACUUGGGGAAUUUGAUGGGAGCGGUGGAGAUGGGUGGCCUGGUCAGUCAGUAUGAAGGGAUAGGAAGACAUUGCCAAUUCAUCAUGCCAGUUCCUAGCGAUAUCAGCAUUCGCUGUCUACACGUGAUGACAUGGCCAAUCCAAUGGACAUGCGGACAUUUCAAUUAAAAGAGGGGACAACUGUUUUAUUCACAGUGUCCAACGAUGUCAGCAUUUUGUGAAAGCACAGUGACGUGCCAACUCGAGGCCCGUGGGCAGUCAAUGUGAUCGGGACCUUAUCAGCUACUUGGAUGAGGGCACGGACAAACAUUCUGCCCCAGUGCCCGGUUUGUCAAAGCACAACGGGGUCACUUCGGGGGAGCGGGCUGUGUGUCUCGAGGGGGAACGCAGGCACCGAUGUUGUCCAUGUCCUACGAAGCUGCCAGUUCAUCAAGAAGGUGAUGUGGCUAGUUGGUCAGGGUGUGUGAUUGGAACAUCCAUCUGGCUGCCUCAGCGCUGUACAACGUUACCAUAUUACUAACGUGCAGAUGUCUUCGUGUUGAUGAAAUGUAGGAGGCUGCUUGUUUUACUACUACCCAAUCCUCACACCAUCGCAUGGGGUGGGGAAGGUGAAAGCCGGCUGCCCUGUUUCCUGCCAGCUCUUAGUGUUGUGCCCGUUUUCAUCGGGUGGAGGUAGGCAUGGUCUUCGAAUACUGGUUGGCCAUUCUGUCGGGCAAUUCGAGGAGUGGCCGCCCACACAGCCUGGCACAGCCUAUCCGGAGAGGAUGCAGCAGGCUGGAACCCAGGGGACCUUUCCGCUGCGUCGCAAUCUGAUGUGUAAACAGGUUCGAGGAGAGGCCGACUCUACAACCCAGCCCCGGUGCCUUCAGGAUGAGCCAGGGAGGAACGGCAAGAACAGUUGUUGGUUAGGUGGGGCAUUGUCUGGGUGGAGACAGGAUGGGGGCUUUGGGAACGAUCCAGGGUAAAGGGCGUUGUAGGGUUGCAGAGAUGUGGAUUAAAGUGGGAUUAGUAUAAAUGUAUGAGUUGAGUGUGAGAAUGUGUGAGUGUGUGUAAAUAAAAAGUGGCAGGGCGGUUGGGAAAGGAAAGAUAAGAGGACAGUGCCCAUGAUGUGAAAACAUCGCAGCCGAUGCUCACCAACUGGCCUCCUUCAACCUUGCCCUCCCCUCGCCCAGGCACUUCCCUCUUCCAUUGCACUUUGAGCCCCACCCAGCCGCUCGAACUCCCUCCAUCACCGCCCAGUAUGUGGGUAAGGGGCAGGAGCGCGGGAGGGGGUAGACAGAUCCACGGCAGAGCUCUGAUCGUGGUGACGCUGCUCUGGGGGUGGGGCAGAGGGAGGACAUGCAGGAGCUUGGGGGUGGAACGGACAGAGAGGACGAGUUCCCCCGCUGCGAUCACACACAGACACACAAACACAGACGCAGUAGCACUCACCGUGUGCAUUAUAGAUAAACAAAUGCAGGCUCACUCAGAUGGAGACAUAGGCGAUAUCAGUUUAUACUUAUUCCUGCUCUCCAUAUUAAGCACUAACAGAUGUGACACCGGGCGUACACUGUAGAGAUAGGGAAGUGCAUAUUAGGGAAGACUUUGAUUUAAAACAUCUCGAUCGGUGCGCUGGGGAGGAGGGGGCGGCUUUCAUUUCUCUUCGUUUCUCUGUGAUGUAGUUGGCGUCGUGUUUUCCUUUCCAUUUUACCACUAAGUCUUGGCAUCGGUGCGCGCACAGAGGGUCUGUGUGUCAGCGCUCGGCCUCAGCUAACUGAUCAUCAGCCGUUCGCCAAGUUCUGUCUAAUGCGAUCAAUAAACCGUGGCAAGAACAAAAA